AAUCUUGACGUUCCGCUAAAGCCAUUUACAUGUGACAUAUUGAUACCUGAACAAUGACAACGAACGACAUCGCGAGCGUACCAUUACUGCAGUACCGAAAGAAAGAAGAUGCAAGUAAACAACACGAGUACGGGUCAUUCGAAGACUUUGUUGGUGCCAAUAAAGCAUGGUGCAAACUCUGUACAGGUGGAAGCGUUAAGGAAAUACUUGAACACUGGGGCCUGGGAGAAACUAGUCUAUUAAUUUCGUAUACCGGAAGUGGUUGUGACGAUGUUGAGGAUUACAAUCGAACCGUGAAACCGGCUUUGGUUAAGAUUAUUAGAUCUUCAGCAGCUUGGGUCCUCACAAACGCUACGGGUUUGGCAUCAGAUGUAUUACACGCUGCGGUCCAUGACAUCGAAGCAGCCUCGGAUUAUUCACCGAUUGCAAUCGGCAUCUUUUCUUUGUCACAGAAAGAAGCGAUAGAGACAAACUGUAAGAUCAAAAGCUGCUGCGACAAUCACCAAUCGUAUGCAUAUUUGUCGCAUUUCAUCUUUUACGACGAUGCAACAGACUCUGACAAAACACGUGUUGAGAUCACGGAGCAAAUAAGUAAGAACUUCAAGGUACCUGUACUGUCACUCGUCAAUGUAACGAUUAAAAAUCACGUUCAAUUCAUUAGAAUGUCAAUUGACAGCAAGCAUCCAGUCAUAACAAUCACACGGGAUAAGGACCCAUAUGAGGCAAAAUUCCAUUUUGAAACAAAUCGUGACUUUAUUGUCAACGAGAUCCUCAGUACAACAAACGAUCCAGAAAAGCUUUUUGAGGCGAUAAUUAAAACAAUCUUAAUAGGAAAAGAUGAACACGUUGAUUAUCUUAAAAUGGCCGUUGUACUGAAUGCGCCCGAAGUUACAGUUUCUGCAAUGAUUUCAAGCAGUUUAAAAUGGAAGUCUGAUGAAGAUAUAUGUUAUAGACAGAAGAUGUUGUCAUCCGCAUUGGCAUUUGAUUAUGGCGAAACAACGUUGAUUCUUUUAAGAUCAAUGAAGGAAAUUGAUCUAAGAGCUUUAGACUUCGGUAAAAUGUCACACAAAUCCAUGGCUCGGGUUGAAAAAUACUUACAGGCAACCGUUGGUGUCAACAUGAAAAUUCCCAAAGGAAAAUCAGAAGCAAAUGAUUGCGCUUACGUAUGGUUGUUUAUUUGGGCUAUUUGCAACGAAAGGUUUGAUGUAGCGAAUGCGCUGUGGACUUUGGUUGAUUCAAAAAUGGCAGCGGCCCUGUUAGCAAGCCGAUGCCUUGAUUCUAUGCGAAAAAACACCGUAGACGGAAAUCAACGAGACACAUUGAAUCAAAAUUGGUCGCUGUACACGGACAGAGCAAACACUAUCUUGGACAACUGCUUCAGCGCAAAGAGAACCCUAACCAAAGCGAUGCUCGUCAAAUGCAGGGAAACAUUUGGGGAUUCGUCAGCUUUGCUUAUCGGAAAAACAAACAAGAAGUUCAUCGAAAAUCGAGCAUGUCAAGCAAAACUUAAUGACAUAUGGAUGGGACCCUUGAAAUCUGACCAGGACGCGAACCAGAAUUGGAAGAUCGCCAUCUGCCUUGCACUUCCGAUACUAUCUUCCAUUUUACUCCACUUCAAAGAAGACAAAGGUCAACAAAAGUGUUGUAACGUGUAUUCACGGUCUUUCUGUGGUAAAGUGUGUCAUUUCAUGAACAGUCCGAUCGUCAAGUUUCUUUACUGCACCGUAUCUUACCUCGUAUUUCUACUUUUCUAUGCGCAUGAAAUAAUGUUCAAAAUCUACGAAAACCCAACCGUUAUCGAGUAUCUACUUAUGGCCUGGGUUGUAGCGUUUCUUACUGAAGAAAUUAAACAGUUCAUUGAAGAAGACGUCUAUUUCCGCGACGCAUGGAACUGGCUGGAUCUGGCUGCAAUUGUCCUGUUUUGCGGCGGCACAUGUCUUCGAUUUCUUACAUGCUGUCUUGACAUUGGAAGAGUGUUGCUGGCAAUGUCAUUCAUGCUCUUUUCUCUGAGACUUUUGCAUGUUUUCUCGUCACUAAAAGUUAUCGGACCCCUUUUGGUUAUGAUUGGGAGGAUGCUCAAAGACUUGGUUCAAUUCCUGCUCAUACUGGCCGUGGUUUAUAUAUCAUUUGCCGUCACGAUGCAAGCGAUCCUCUAUCCAAUGUCGUCAUUCGAGUUUCAAACAAUGCAAAAUGCACUGAAGAGGCCAUACUGGAGUAUUUUUGGACAGCUAGAACAAACGCUUGACGAAUUCCAAGGUGUCAAUUGCGACGACAAAGCUACGUACGACAGCACUGAUUCAAAGCUUCAAAGGUGUCCUACCAAACUGGGAACCUACAUAGCACCCGUAUUGUUGGCCAUAUUCAUGCUGAUUGUACAGAUCCUUUUGCUGAACCUCCUUAUCGCCAUGUUCAGCUAUUCCUUUACGAAGAUCCACCACGACACGGAUAGGCACUGGUGCUACCUGAGGUUUAGAUUGAUACACGCGUAUUACCACUUGCCAACAAUACCACCUCCAUUUUCUGCAUUUUAUAACGUUUACGUCAUUGUGACGCUUGUGUUCCGCCGUUGCAAACGCGAUUCAACAAUGGAAACGAGUGCCUUCUGCGAGAAGCUGAACAAAAAUGAAAACGAAAAGCUACAACGAUGGGAGACCAUUCAUUCAUGCGAUGAAACAGCGGUAACUCCAAAACCUGAUUUACAAGAAGAGUCAAAAGUGUCAAGCCCAACGCCGAAAUAUAGUCCUCCAGACACCGUUGUAAAGAAAGUGUUUUUCAAAAACUUCAAAAGCAAGAUAUUGAGAAAUCAGAUAUCUAGACUAAAUACGAUAGAUGGCAACGACGAAUGACAAUAAUGAAACAGCUGUAUACGUGUAUAUGAAAAUAUUCGGUGAGUGACAAUCUCAUAAAAGUAAAUCCUCAUAUUCGCUAAAAUAGUUGCCGAAAUUCAGCGCUACGGAAUACCGUAAGGGCCAUCGUGGUUACACAUUAAAAUACAGAGGGCGAGAAUGCGAGAAUACGAUAGUAUGAUGGCGACAAUGCGACAAUACGAUGACGACAGUGCGACAAUACGAUGGCGACAAUACGAUAGAACGAUUGCGAAAAUGCGAAAACGCGAUAGUACGAUGAUCAAAAUGUGACAGUGCGAUGACGACAGUGCGACAAUACGAUAGCGAC